AUGUUCUACUUCACUGAACCACGAUUUACAAAAACCUACGGAAAUGUGAAGAUUGCCUAUGGUUUGGCUAAAGCCUACGAAGAUGUUCCAGUUUUUAUAACUUACUACGAACUCGUGCCAGAUCAAGCACUUUACGUCCACGAUCGCAAGGCCGAACAGCAAAUAGACGGGCGACGCACGGAAAUGGCGUAUCAAGUGCGUAUUUACGACUACGAGAUCCACGGCCUAACCGAUGAACCCACGCGCAAGUAUACUUUGAGAGGUGCGUUAACUCUGUCUGCCUCCCAUGAUUUUCUGUUAUGUGCAAUUUGUGUGUAUCGUUACAUUUUCAUUAUUAUGAACGAAGUAUUUGGAAAUACUGAAGAAGAGCUAGGUGGCGCAACAUUCGGCAUAUAA